UUGCGACAAAGAGUGAAUUACACCCAGAGCCAAAGGAAUAUCCUCCAGGAAUGGUAUGAACGCAACCCAUAUCCUGAUGCAGGUAUCCUGAACCAACUGGCCAAAACUAUUGAUGUUCCAGUACCUAAAAUAAAGAAUUGGUUUACCAACCACAGAAUGAAACAGAAAAUCUUGGAGCAACACCACCCUGAAGUCAGACCUCACCAACUGUCCUUCACAAGAGCUCAAGUGGACUUCCUAAGUAAGGCCUUCAGGAAUAACAGGCUCCCUGACCGUGCAACCAGGACAAAAAUGGCUAUGAGACUAGGCAUCAAGGAGUCAAAAAUUCAAGCAUGGUUUCAGAAGCAAAGAUUUCUAAAUCCUGAGCAUAGAGAAGAGUCCUCGAAUUUAUCAGAUGGGACAAAUGAAGGACCAAAUCCAGCUGCUCAGCAGCAGAACAUCGACCUAGCCACUCCCACAGCCAAUUGUUUCCCUUCCUCUGAACCCUGCUGUAAGGACCAGACCUCCCUACUUGCCCCACUGGAAUCCCAGGGAUUCGUUCCUGGGGAUUCCUUUGGGGUCUCUGGGAGCCGAGUGUCGAGCACUGUGACCCUACAGGCCACAGAAACUGUGCAGGAAGAACAGAACCUCGAUGCUCCUCUGACUUCCACGAAUCCCUUGCCAGAAGAGCUAAGUCCAGGACAGGAUUUCUCAGGUACCCAGGCUCCUUUCUCUUCUCAGCCUGAUGCAGAGCAUGAGAAACAACAAUCUGAGGACCCAGAUUACAUAUCUUACAUUAUGCAAUGGUGGGACAAGGGCCGCCUGGAUCUCAUUGCAAAUUGGGACCCUCAGAAAGAGGCGUAGUUUGCUCUGUCAGGUUCACCAAAGCCUUAAACUCCUGCAGUUC